CUGAUAUAUACUCACCCCCUUGCACCUGUCAGAAAUGUCAGGAACCAGCCGCUAUGGACCUAAAGAAUCCUAGAUUGGAAGCUGGCACUCCGCAGGAUCAGACUAAAGCCACGCCAGCGAGUCCGUCUCCCACGCUAGGGACGGGGAAGGCUGACCAUGCCCGAGUGCAGACUAGCCCUGACACCUAUCAUGUCGAUCUCCUCAACGGCGGGCCAUCCGCUUUUCACCAUGAUCGGCCCUGUCUAGCUUGGCGUUUGCUGGGCGCCUUGCUCUAGUUGGUG